GCGGCCUGGCGGGAAGGGGCGGGCAGGGCGGGCGGAGCCGCGGCCACAGAAUCAGCAGCAGCAGCAGCGCCAGGAACUCACAGCCAGGACAGGAGCCCACACGCAGUCUCGCCAUGGAGCUGGAGGAGGACGUGGAUCUGCUGGACCCAGAGAGGCUGAUCCAGUGCCCCUUUGUCAAACAGCACCAGAUCCGAGCCUGCCGCUUCCCCUACCACCUGGUGAAGUGUAAGGAGAGCAACCCAGAAAUUGCAAAGAAAUUGGCCACGUGCCCGUUCAACGCCCGGCACUUGGUGCCUCGGGGCGACCUCAGCGACCACAUCAUGAAGUGCAACGACCAAGCCCUCAUGGAGCAAGAUGUAGUGAGUGGGUACUGUGAGCCCCCAGAGGAGCAGGUGAAGGAUGGGAGCACGUGGCAGGCACCUCCCUGUGAUGAAGACUGGGAAACAGAGGUGUCAGAGAUUUCUACCUCUGCUUUUGUUUGGGGUGUGCCCAACUCUGCCAUAAACAGCCCCGUGAGGGACCAGAGCCACUCGCUGCCCUCGCGGAUGAGGCCUCCCGAGACCCUCCCGUACAGCGUGUCCUGCAGGGCUAAUUCGGAGUUUUAACAUCUCACCCCUCUGGAAGGUGUUUUUCCAGCAGGAAGUGCCUCCCUAUCUGGGACAGGAGAGCUCCUGUGGAUGACAGACCUGCUCUGGACCUGGUGGCAGGAUUCUCUACGCUUGGCUUUUGCUGCAUAACAUGUUUCUUGCAACAUUCGGGCAUGUUGCCAGAUGUCCUUGGUUGCCUUGUUUUCCCCAAGCAAUUUACCUUCAGUUGGUGACUUUGGUUACUGUUAUCAAAUAAAUAGACUGAUAAAUUUACAGGGACUCAAGAAACCUUUCCUGCUCAAACCCAGGCAGUUUGUGGUGCCUGCAGGGAUUUCUGUGGACCUUCUGCUGGCUGUUUGGGAGGAGUUGUGGUUUGCUGGGGAGCUGCACAGACUCCCUGCAGGGAGCUCUGAACUGCUGGGGCUCAUGGGGUCGUGUCUGAGGGCCUGUUCCAGCCUGGAGAGCAGAAAGUCAGUGCUGAGGGUUUCUCCAGGCUCUGGACACUUCCCACUAAUUAAAAUCAUCUGGAGCAGCCAAAGUGACAAAUAGUUUUUCUGCCCAUGAUCUUUGUUUUUAUCUUGUUGGAGUUGGAGUUUGUCCACUCAGAGCAUGGAAAGGUAGGGUUGUGUUUUAAACCAUGUUUUCACUUACAGAGACUGCCUGGAGAGCAUCCUGAGCUCACCUUCAGCCUUUGGCACUUCAGGCCUCAGCUGUCUCCUGUGUGUGAGGUGAUUCCCAUAAUGGGGAAUCCUCUCUUGCUCCCUGCAGUGCACACAACUCCAAAGGGCAAGUGUCAGGGGACACUGAGGUGCUUGCCUGGUUUCCAGCAGAGUUUUGUGAGUUUCUAACGUGUUUGAGAGCUUUCAGGGGCCUGUUCUGCGUUGGAGGCGGGGGAGGGAGGAGGGUGGAAUGGUUUAAAUCACUGAAAAUACCUGUUUAGGCCAUUGCAGUUGUUCAGAUCAAGCAGUGUCUUCCUAAAGUGCAAAGUUGGAUCUAAAUGUGGAACACAGCUGAGCAGCCAGACGUGGUGUUUGUCUGCCAAGAGACACAUUUUCCUCUAAAGACUGGAUUUUCACCAUCUGUGUCCUACCACUCUAGAAUAAUAGAUGUUGACUGGAAUGUGCAAAAUCGGGAUUCUUUUAAAAUUCUGUCAAUUUCUGCCAAGGUUCUUGUUGGUAAUUCAGAAUAAAAACGGUUUAAGUGUU